AAAUAUGAAUUUGAUCAUCAAUGAGUUGUCAGUUGUUGCAGCUCCAAUCGAUUUCGUCCAAGAGUUGAAGUUGGAAAGGACCGGGUCGGCCCAAAAUCCACCCUUGGGAAUUUUACCAGUUGGACGCGGAGCCCGCCCCCGGGGGUCCUGGGUGGGCGGGGGCUCGCGUUUCAUGUCCCACCCACCAACUAUUUAAGCAGAUGGUGGAGGAACUCCAGUCCCGGAGACGCGUCGCGCGUGCUGCCGCCAGCCCCCGCCGCCCCACGCGGGACCCCGCGCCUCCGAAGAGAAGGAACCCCGACCGUCCGGCGUGGACCCCAAACAUGCCCUCCGACUUCCUCACGGCCUUCUUGGAAGUGGACCCGGACUUGUGCGAGAACUUCGUCGGUCCGGGCCUGUCGGAGGCGUCGGCCUGCGGCCUCCGCCGCCACCGCUCCCUUUGCCCCGUCGCCCCGCCCGACUCCAAGUUCGCCGACACCGGGCCGUGGGCCGGGUGGCCGCGAUGGCGGCGGGAGGGUCGGCUUCCGCGCUCGCUGCUCAGCCGCAUCCCCUUCAGGACGGACCGCUCGGUCAGCGUCCCCGCGGACGACGAGGCGCCGCCGGGCCCGUACGUAGCCGACCCGACCUCCGGGCCGGCGCCACCCUCGCCGCGGGUCUCGGCGCGCUACAAGACGGAACUGUGCCGCACCUUCGAGGAAAGCGGCGUCUGCAAGUACGGCGCCAAGUGCCAGUUUGCGCACGGGGCGGACGAGCUGCGAGGUCUGAGCCGCCACCCCAAGUACAAGACGGAGCCGUGCCGCACCUUCCACACCGUCGGCUUCUGCCCGUACGGCGCCCGCUGCCACUUUGUCCACAACGCCGAGGAGCUGCUCGAGGCGAGGGCCGGGCCGCCGCCGCCGCCGCCUCUGCGCCACAGCCUCAGCUUCGCGGGUUUCUCGUCCGUAGACGAUGCGCGGCCUUCGCCCCGGCGGUCGCCGCCGCUCUUGGCCCUGUCGUCCUCGGCCUCACUCUCGGGGAGCCCGGAGCUCCUCUCGCCCCCCUUCCCGAAGCCGGGGCUUCUCCGCCCUUUCCCCAACGCUUUCUCCGCCGCCACCGAGCUGGCCGGAGAAAAGGACUUCGCCAACGACGCCGACUUCGUUCUCCGUUUCUUCGCCGCCGACGACCGAGCGGACGCCGGGCGCCCCGCUCCGGCCCCCGGACGCCUCCCGCGCCGCGCCCCUCCCGAGACGCCGGCCGCCCUCCUCGGGCCCCCCGGCCUCCGGCGCUGCUCCUCGACCGACUCGCUCUCCGAGGAGGGCUACGCCUCGUCCUGCUCCCUGAGCUCCGGCUGCGGCGGCGCCGAGUCUCCGGGUUGCGAGGGGCGCCGCCUGCCCAUCUUCAGCCGCCUGUCCGCCACCGACGAGUAG